CUCCGAAGUCCGACGCCCAUCUCUCUUGGUCUUCUUACCACGGAGCCAAAGAAGCAGCGAGCAUUUCACAUUCUCUGACAAACUCCCCCGAGUUAGGAGCCCGGUUUACCCACUCAACUCGAAAUGUCUUCCUUCCCUAACUCGUAUGACGAACUCGGCCCUGACUCAAACCCCGCCGAGUUAACUCACCCCUUCGACAACGACGAUGACUACGUAACAGCAGGAGGCUACUCCAACUUCGCCGAUUCCGAGUCGGUCAAGGAAUCGGCUGAUGAAUCGGUGGUUUUUAACGGUAACAGCGACGACAUUUUCGGAUCCAAUGAUGUUCCGGCGGGCAGUGGAGCUUUCUCCGAAUCGGAUGGCCCGAUGUUGCCGCCUCCUUCGGAAAUGCAGGAGGAAGGGUUUGCUCUUCGCGAAUGGCGGAGGCAAAAUGCUGUUCGACUGGAAGAGAAGGAGAAAAGAGAGAAAGAAACACUGAGCCAGAUCCUCGAGGAAGCAAAUGAGUACAAAGUUGCCUUCCAUGAGAAGAGAAAGGUUACAUGUGAGAACAAUAAAAGCAACAACAGAGAGAAGGAGGAGUUAUUUCUGGCCAACCAUGAAAAGUUCCACAAAGAGGCUGACAAGAACUACUGGAAGACAAUUGCAGAGCUAAUUCCUAACGAAGUUCCUGCAAUAGUUCAGAAAAGAGGGAAGAAAGAACAGGAAAAGAAGCCUUCUGUUGCUGUGAUUCAAGGACCAAAGCCUGGGAAGCCAACUGAUCUUGCAAGGAUGAGACAGAUACUAGUGAAGCUUAAACACACUACUCCUAAGCACCUACUACUUGAUAAUAAGAACAAUGGCACCACUGAACCCCCCAAGACUGCAGCUGUUGAAACCGUACCAGAAGCUGUAGUCGCUGCGUGAUUGGCUGAUUUGGGUUCGUCUCUGUAUUUAUAUCCGACGAUAUGAUGGUCGAGCCUUGACAAUAUUGCUUUGACAAAGCUUCAUAGACAAACCAAAGCUGUAUUGACGCUGCAUAUUUAUAAGUUUGACCUAUUAGAAACUCUUGAGAAAGUAAUUAUGGGUAGAGUGUUUUAGACAUCAGAUUUAUUGUUAUCAUUAUGUAUGUAGUGCUCCGACAUGCUCGAAAUCUGAAGGCAUAUGCUACAUUAUUCAAAUUCUAUUAGCUUUUCAUUGCA